GGUGAAAGCCACGAGCGCCCACAAGCACCACUCCACCAGCACAGGAGCAGAACUCUGGUGCUCCACUCUCCACCUCCAGCCGGCCUCAUGACGUCUGUGGCAGGUGAUGCGAUGAGGAGGAAGACGGCGUGCGUCACCGGAGGGGACGGGUACAUCGCCUCGGCCCUCGUGAAGAUGCUGCUGCAGAAGGGAUACGCCGUCAAGACGACAGUCAGAAAGUCUGAUGACAUGGAGAAUCACCCCCAUCUCAAGGACUUGCAAGCGGUGGGUCCCUUGGAGGUCUUCCGCGCCGACCUGGAGGACGAGGGCAGCUUCGACGAGGCCGUGGCCGGCUGCGACUAUGCCUUCCUCGUCGCGGCUCCGAUGAACCUCAAUGCAGAGAACCCUGAGAAAGAAGUGAUCGAGUUGGCCGUCAGCGGAACCCUUAACGUAAUGAGGUCGUGCGUGAGGGCGGGGACGGUGAAGCGUGUGAUCCUGACAUCGUCAGUGGCGGCUGUCGUUGGCCGGCCUUUGCUGCUAGGAGACAACCAUGUCCUCGACGAGGAGUCCUGGAGCGACGUCGAUUACCUCAGAGUGACCAAUGCCGGCGGCUGGGUAGGCAUGCACAUUAUUUUUAGUACUUAUGUUCCUUUUUAAUUUCGGGAUUGCUAAAUCUUAGUCGACUGGAACUUAAUGAAGUCUCGGUCGAUGUUAUAUUCGUUAGAUCCCCGUGUAAAUUUUUCUUUAGAUUUUUUCUUUCUUCUUUUCUAUAUGUUUUAUCACUUGACCAGGACUUCGUUAAGUCUCAUUCGACUAAGAUCUAGUCACACCCU